AUGCCGGCUGCAGCGCGUCCGCGCUGGCCCACGCUCUUCCUGCUUGCGGCUGCUUGCUUCGUUAGCGCCGUAGCCGCCGCCGGUUCGUCCUCCGCCGCAUCGUCGACCACAACACCUUCCGCACCCACCUCCCUCUCCUUGACCACGAGCUACACGCCCCUCGUCACGACCGUUCGCUCCGGAGGAAAUACCAUCACGUUUUCCACGUCCCUCCCCGUUUCCACCUUCAAUGUCACCGUCACCGCAACCUCUACCGCAAGCGCGUCCGCGUCGAGCAACAGCUCCGCCGCCGCCGCCUCUGCCUCUGCGGCUGCUGAGGCAGCCCGCACCCUGGACACGCAAAUCGACCCUGCCUUUGGUGUCCUCGGAGCUCUGCUCAUCUUGACCGGCUUACCCAGUGCAUUCCUCGGGCACAAGAACCGGUGGACAUCGUUCUUCCUUAUCGGCGUGUACACCUUCGCGCUCGUCUGCUUCUCGCUCAUUAUUCGCUUCGGCGUCCUUCAAGCCGUGAAUCCUCCGACCAAAGCGGUACGCGGGCUGUUCAUGCUCGCGUGCGGCGUCGCUGGAAUCGCCGGAGGCGGCAUUGCCAUCUUUUUCUGGCAGGCGACCAGGUACUUCGUGGGCGCAUGGGGAGGUUUCGUGGUUGCACUGUGGAUACAAUGCUUCAGAGAUGGCGGCCUUAUUUCCCCGAUCGGUCUCAGGUGGAUUCUGUACAUCGUGCUGGGAGUGAUAGGCUUCGUGCUAUGCACCAUCCCGAAGAUCCAUUACCAUGUCCUGCUCCUUUCCACCUCGUUCGUGGGCGCCACUGCUGUAAUUCUGGGGAUCGAUUGUUUCACCACGGGUGAUCUGAAGGAGUUUUAUGUCUGGAAUCUGGGAUUCACCACUUUGUUCCCGAAGUUUACCAACAACGGUAUCAAGUUCCCCAUCAACCAGACGAUGGAGAUCGAAUUGGGACUCAUUGGCGCGGUCUCCCUCAUGGGCAUCGCUGUUCAGUUCCAAGUGCUCCAGGUGCUCCAGCGGAAGCUGAAGGAGAUUCAGGCCGCGGCCAAACGACAGGACAAGGACCUUGAGGACCGAGCUGCUAUGGCGUUCGCAGAAUUGGAACGGGAGAAAGCAGAGUGGGACCGCGAGCACCCUACACUGGGUAUGCAUGGUCGCAAGGACAGCGACUUCUCGUCUUUGCUUAAGGAUUCCGACGAGAGACAAUCGCCUUCUCCUCGCCAGCGGUACCAGUCAGGUGUUUCCGACUUCAUCGCAGCGCCCAUUCCUACCGAGGAGAUGCACCGUUCCACUUCGAAGCUUCUGCAGAGUCCUGGCGCUCUUCCGACGCUCGACCUGGGCUUUGACAUCGAGAACGACGUGCCCAAGGACUAUAUCAUCAAGCAGAGCAAGAGCCCGAAGGUUAAGGACACGCCGCAGACCCAGGCAGAGCUCGACGAUCUGAAACGCAAGGAGGACCUCUUGGCGGAGAUCCAGACUAUCCGCAAGUCUAUUGAAGUCUUGAAGACGGACCCAUCUAGCUCGUCCGGCUCGCGUCACCAGUCAUUCACGUCUCGUCGCACUCUCAGUCAAGACCUCGGCUCGCUCCUACCGACGGCUCCUGCGCACUUGCGUCCUCCUCGUCAAACGGACCCUCGUGCUCGUGUGCAGUCGAUGGAGAUGUCUACCAUGGCAUCGCAGGUCGGCGCGUCCAUUGGCAGACCUACGAGUGCACCUCUGCGCGACGAUGACUGGGACACGUACGUGCGCGAACGCAAGCUGCUGCAGCCUCCUUCUGGUGUUACGCCACCAAUUGCCACGACGCCUGUCAGCCCAACUCCCCGAUUCCCUGUCUCCCCUGCUGUGGGAGAAGCUUUGACGAAGCGGCACCGACUCGAGAGUACCUAUUCAACGAACGGUCUCGAAUGGGCAGCUGCGGACGGCGUGCGGCGGCCUUCACCCGUCCAUAAAGUAGUUUCCGCAGGCCACGACAUGCCUGCUGUGUUGCGCGCCCCACACGCGAGGUCGCACUCACAAGGUGGAGUACCAGUCACCAUUCUACCGCCUCAGAAGCCGGCAGCUUCGCGUUCUCCCCAGCCUGCCGAGACGCCAGUCCCAUGGACGCAGCGUACGCUGACGUUCGAGCAACUCGAUGAUCGCCAUCGUGAGAAGAUCCGGGAGCUGCAGGAGCCGCUGACGCGUGCUGAGAAAGAGCACGUUGAGGUCGCAGAGGCGAAAGCUCGGUGGGAGAGGGCGAAGGCGGCGGAGAAGCAGGCGGUGGCUAAGCGCCAGGCUGAGAAGGCCGCCGCGGUCAGCAAGGAGGUCGCGAAGCAGCAGAAACCGGGCGACCCCGUCGGCUCGUCUUCCAAGCGCAACGCGGACAUGCUUGCGAACGUGCCUGGCGGGACGUCCUCGAAGCGGAUGUCGAUGAUGAAAGUGGAGGACUGGCAGAAGCACCAGCAGGACGUCGAGCUGGGACUUCGGCCGGAGGAGCAGCGUGCUUCACGACGGCGGUCUGCCGUUCCAUUCCCUGAGACGCAGGAUCGGCCUGCCGAUGGGAGGGACGCGCGGAGGAACUCCCGGUCGCCGCGCCAGAUGCUUAGCUGA